ACUUCCGGCGGCGGUCCUAUCUCUAGGGGGCGCGGAGAGAAGGAGUCGUCCUUCUUGGAGUGAGUCGUCUUUCGCAUCCACACGUGUCCUCCGCUGCUAAAAUGCUGCAACUGCUACGCUGCGUGCCCCGCGCCCUGGGCACCGCCGUCGCCGGCCUUUGCGUCGCCGCGCCCUCCCAGCCGCUCCCGCGGCUGCUGCAGCCCGCGUCCCGGCUGUGCGCCCGGCCCUUCGGGCUCCUGAGCGUGCGUGCCGGGUCGGUGCAGCCGCCCAGCCUCCUACGGCCUCGGGGGCCCUGCGCCUGCGGCUGCGGCUGCGGCGGGCUGCACACCGAAGGGGACAAAGCUUUUGUUGAAUUCCUUAGUGAUGAGAUUAAGGAAGAGAAGAAGAUACAGAAGCAUAAGUCUCUCCCCAAGAUGUCUGGAGGUUGGGAGCUGGAAGUGAAUGGGACAGAAGCCAAAUUAGUGAGGAAAGUUGCUGGAGAAAAGAUCACUGUCACCUUCAACAUCAACAACAGCAUCCCACCCCCCUAUGGGGAGGAGGAGCAGCCGUCAGAAGGGCAGAAGGUUGAGGAACAGGAGCCUGAACUGACGUCCACUCCCAACUUCGUGGUUGAAGUGACAAAGGAUGGUAGCAAGAAGGCCCUCGUGCUGGACUGUCACUAUCCAGAAGAUGAGAUUGGACAAGAGGACGAGGCGCAGAGUGACAUUUUCUCUAUCAAGGAAGUGAGUUUUCAAUCCACAGACGAUUCCGACUGGAAGGACACAAAUUACACACUCAACACAGACUCACUGGACUGGGGCUUAUAUGACCACCUAAUGGAUUUCCUUGCGGACCGAGGGGUGGACAACACUUUUGCCGACGAGUUGGUGGAGCUCAGCACAGCCCUGGAGCACCAGGAGUACAUUACUUUUCUCGAGGACCUCAAAGGUUUUGUCAAAAGCCAGUAGGCAGACAAGGCGCUAGACACCUUGACUUUGUGGCAGGCUUUGGCCGGCAAACAAAAACCUACUCUGAGGCCAGACCCACAUGCUUUGAAAUGGUAUUCAUCCCACUAUCAUGGAAAAUAAUUCAAUUUUAACUUAUUUCUGUUGCCUCAUAUUUGCCAUUCAUUUAUUCUCUACAAACCUGUUAUUUCUAGAUUUUUGUAUAACCUGAUGAUGGACAAUAAAAUCUCCAAGGUGG